UUAAGCGCGUAUAGAUUGCGGCUUGGUGGCCUUAGUGGGGUUUCGGACGAAUUGCUAGUCAUUGCACCACUUUCCUCAACAGGCGGGCAGGCCGAGCGUGCAUGGUUAGGUCGCCUCGGACACGCCAGAGGUGUGAUACUUUCUGCACGCUUCAUCACUCAUGGCUUUUAGUGGCGCUUUCCUGCCUGAAGCCAGCCCCCAUUCGCAGUCCUGCUGCACUGUGCCCGUUGCAUGCGCCGCAAGCUAUUAUUGCCGCUCCUGCUGUGAUGCCACCAAGACUGCCAGCGCGUCAAGCUGUCGCUGAAGACCGGCCACCAUGGAUGCCAUCGAUGCGGCGUCGCAUGUUUCAUCUUCAAACGGCACUGUGCCAUUUUCGCGCGUCGUUGGUCCCUCGAAGGAUUCAGUGGCAACGCGCGAUCGCGUUUGCACUUCCGACGGGGGUGUUCUAGACAUCGCCAGAGCGUGGCGCGAAAGAGGGCGCCGAAGUCGUUUCACCGUGCGAUGCUGGAUUCUGUGUGGACGAGAUGUCAGUGUGUCGGUCUGUCAUAGGUAAUGGGUGGGCAGGGGCCAGGUUCGC